AUGGGCAACAAGCUGAUAGGCAACGAGUCCAGCGAGUCGACUGAACCCAGCGAACCUUCGGCCGAGGUUUCUUCCUCGGCUCAGAAACCGUACAAACCUCGUUUCCACACGGCCGCGAAGGAAUUCUUCGAGAAAGAAACCGAAGACGAACCUCCGGUAGCGUCGGGUCGCCAUCCCGCUUCUGAGAUGCUCUCGCAACACAUCAACGAAAUAAUCAACAAAAAUAACUCGAUAGUGAACAGUGGGACGAUGAAACGAUGCAACGACGAUUGUAACAGCGAAACCGCCUACCAGAACAGCUUCACGGAACCUAAAAGUCCUCCGGACGAACCUUUGAACCUCAGCAAGAGUCGGAAACGAUCCAUGAGCGAAGUCACGGAACCGGUCAUUCAUAAAAGCCUCAUCAAAGAGUUGUUGUUGAAGAAUCUCUCGUCCUCCGAUAUGCAAUGUCCGUAUUGCAAGAUGAUAUUUCGGACCGUUACGGAACUGGAUAUUCAUAAAUAUAGGAACUGUAAAGGCAAACCCUCUGGAGCUAAGUACACGAGGAGCAGCUCUGUAAACGUAGCGUCCAUCUUAACCCAGAACAAGAAUGCUUUCGAUAACAUACCGCAGUUUCAGAAUACAGUGUUCCCUUUAAACUCGCCCGGGCCGUUUUUGGGUAAAACCAGACUCGUAGAUAGCGAUAAAAAUAAAUCUUUCUCGUUCGAUGGAGGAAACAUGGCUCUGGCUAGCCCAAGCGAGCCAUCGCCGUCACCGAACUACCUUCUAUCGCCUUUACCGUUCGAUAAAGAAAAGAAACCUGGGGUAAAAUUGUACGGGGGCGAGGUGAGAGUGCAUCCGCCUUCCGGUAAGGCGCAAAGUUUCCAGAUUGAUGGAAAAGAAGUGGAUAGCUACGAACCAGAUUCUAAAUACAUAGAGUACGGUGGAAAAUUGAGUGAAAACAGGGUUGUGAAAUCGAGUCUGCAUUCAGGAGGCACCGUUUUGACCAACAAAACUAACUAUGAUAAACAAGAUCUAAAGAUGUCUCAGGAGGUUAUUCGGAUAUACGAAAACACGUCGAUAUCGCCGAGUAUUGAUCUAGCGAGUUUUUCUAAGUCGAGAUUUAGCUUUGACAGGCAAGUCGAUCGUGUCAAUGAUACUAUUAUACAAUCCGUAACUACCGUUCCUAAGUCAAGCCCUACGAAGUAUACUAAUAUAAUGGAUUUUAGUCAAAAGGCGGUCCAGAAACUAACGCCGAACAUCAAACAACCGAUAGUAACACUCAGAAACAAACCUUUAUACAACAAUCUCACGAUAGAUACUCGCGUUGACGCCGAGCCCGUAAUCCACAAAAAGAACUUUUACGAGCCAAAUCAUAUCUCUCCGAACCCCACGAGCAGCGUUUGCAACCCGUUGAACCUGUUCGUGAACGGAAAAGUCGUAAGGCACGUGCCCGGUAUGCCUGGGCCCAUAACCCCGGAGGAGCCUGCGGAAACGCCGUAUCCGCCUAGUAAUAUAAUAGCGAUAAGAAGACCCGUGCAAAGCAUGGUGGUCCAACCUGAGUCUCCGCUAGUGCUCGAAAAAAGUCAUGUUCUGUUUGCCUCGAAACCGAUGGAGUCUGGAGCGGUGCAGAAUGAGAAACCUCGGGAGUUGGCGGUCAGGUCUCCUAAGUCACCAAAGGGAUUACUGAAGAUUUUUCAUAGUGGUGAGUAA